GUGUCUAAACCGGAAGCAGUCCGACCCCUACGAGUACUUCCGUCUUCGCACGCGUGGAACAAACGGUAGAAAGCUACGGCAUUUGAAUAUUUUUCUACGUUGUUUUUUCCAGAUAAGAAGACAUCAAAACCUCGUAGUCAAGUGCGGGGCGAACGUGGACCAACAUGGUUGCGAGUUCUUAAGGAGAUCAAUUAAGGCGUCUAGACUCAUCAGGUCCGCUACUUUUUCCUCAUGAGCGUUGAGGCCGACCGCACACAUAAGAAGAGGGCGUGCUGGGAAGUUGCCACGCUCGACCACAUCGACACACCUGCAAUGAAGAAGAAGAAGAAGAAGAAAAAGAAGCGAGAAGAAGAAAAAGACAGCCAGGUUGUUGCUGAAGUGCACACCGACAGGAAGAAGAAGAAGAAACGAGAGAAAGAGGAAGAAAAAGGUAGCUUGGUGAGUGUUUACAAGAAGGAGAAGAAAGAGGAGACGGCGCCGCCGGUCGCCAUGGCAACCAUGCAGGUGGAAACAGAGAAGACGGGGAAAAAGAAGAAGAGGAAGCGUGUGCUUGACGUCGCCACGGCAACAGUAGGCCAGACAGUCGCCAUGGACGUUAUUGACAAGCAGACACGGGAGGGCCACGUUGUCAUGGCAACAGACAACAGCAGAGAAGGCGACAUCGGCGUGGGAAAGGCGAAGAAGGGCAGACAGAAAAAGGCGAAGAGGAGCGGAGAAGUGUGUGAGAGCGACGAAGACGACAACGACCGGCUGAACGCUGACUUGCUGGCGGAAUUAGAGGAGUAUAUUCCGAAUUUGAAGAAACACAACGAGCGAGAGAUCGGUAAGAUGCUGAAGCACGACCUGCACCGCUUCCGAGCCUUCAGGAAACAAGGUGUGGCUAUACGCCAGGGCCGCUUCACGCGUCAUGAGGUUCAACAGAUCCAAGACAACAUCGACGACUUCCUGGCCUUGACGGGCAUCGCAUCCACCAAUCAGCUUUACUUCCCUCAGAACUACGGCGACCUGGAGAAGGACAUCAGAAGGUUGCGAGUGAACCAUAACUUCCUGGAGGCCAUAGCAAAUGGAAUCCCGAGGCCGUGUUGGAAUGUUUUUGUCAGGGCUAAAAAGCUUGACAAGAUGAACCACAUGGGAAGGUUCUCCAAGGAGGAACUUGAGCAGCUGACCAAGUUACAUACGUUACAUGGUAACAAUUGGAGAAAGAUCUCCAAGCUGAUGGACCGCAGCAUUUACGCUUUGGAGAAACGCCACGCAACCAUGUCGUCCAAUCUAGGUCCCUGGACUUGCGACGAAGUGUCCAAGUUGAAAAAGGCUGUCAAAACUUACCUUGCGGAUGAGGCCCAGAAGAAUCCAGAAGGUUCUGGUCUGACUCGAGAACAGCUGUGUAAUAAAUUGCCAUGGAAGAAGAUCAGCAUGGAGGUCCGGACCAGAGACUGGCUCAGGUGCCGCAAGAAAUGGUUCAGCAUCCUGAACGUCAGAGUCACAAAAACCUACUUUGGUGGAAGAACUAAAGGACUGAAGGCCAAAAUCCACCUGAUUGAUACGUUGUACAACAUGGAGGUGGAGGACUGUGCCGACGUGGACUGGGACAAGGUGUCGGAGGUUGUGGGCAUGACUCCAGUUGGAGCCCAGGACAUCUUCCAAAGGCUGAAAGUCUCCAGAGUUCCCAACUGGUUCCGCCGGUCCUACGGAGAAAUCAUCGACUUCCUGCAGCAGCACGAGAGGCCACGCCUCCAGGAGACGCUGCAGAAGCUUGGCGGCCUGGGGGCGGAGCAGGAAGUGGCCGGAUACGACUUUGACCCGCUGCUCGCCGCCUUCUCGCUGGACGAGGACGAGGAAGACUUUACUCUGGUGGACAACAGUUAGCGCCAUGGCAACCCAUCACAGCCCUUCAAGUUUUGGACAGGAAGUGGUGUCACAAUGAGGCUUUUAUUGUGACGAGCCAUCAACUUCCCUCGUUUUCCUUCUACAGUAGACGUCAGCAGAGGAGGAAUGAAGAACUUCACUGAAAUAUACCACAGUGGAACUAAUGAUGGCUGCAGGUUAGCGGCCAUCUUCAGCUGCACCUUUAAGUACACACUUCAGCUGCACAUUUAAGUACACACUCGAGCUGCACGCUUAAGUGCACACUUGAGCUGCACGUUUAAGUACACACUUGAGCUGCACGUUUAAGUACACACUCGAGCUGCACGUUUAAGUACACACUUGAGCUGCACGUUUAAGUACACACUUGAGCUGCACGUUUAAGUACACACUCGAGCUGCACCUUUAAGUACACACUUGAGCUGCACGUUUAAGUACACACUUGAGCUGCACGUUUAAGUACACACUUGAGCCGCACAUUUAAGUACACACUUGAGCUGCACGUUUAAGUACACACUUGAGCUGUUGUUUAAGUACACACUUGAGCUGCACGUUUAAGUACACACUUGAGCUGCACGUUUAAGUACACACUUGAGCUGCACGUUUAAGUACACACUUGAGCUGCACGUUUAAGUACACACUUGAGCUGCACGUUUAAGUACACACUUGAGCUGCACGUUUAAGUACACACUUGAGCUGCACGUUUAAGUACACACUUGAGCUGCACGUUUAAGUACAAACCCCGUUUCCAUAUGAGUUGGGAAAUGGUGUUAGAUGUAAAUAUAAACAGAAUACAAUGAUUUGCAAAUCCUUUUCAACCCAUAUUCAGUUGAAUAUGCUACAAAGACAACAUAUUUCAUGUUCAAACUCAUAAACUUUAUUUUUUUUUUUUUGUAAAUAAUAAUUAACUUAUAAUUUCAUGGCUGCAACACGUGCCAAAGUAGUUGGGAAAGGGCAUGUUCACCACUGUGUUACAUCACCUUUUCUUUUAACAACACUCAUUAAACGUUUGGGAACUGAGGAAACUAAUUGUUGAAGCUUUGAAAGUGGAAUUCUUUCCCAUUCUUGUUUUAUGUAGAGCUUCAGUCCUUCAACAGUCCGGGGUCUCCGCUGUCCUAUUUUACGCUUCACACAUUUUCCAUGGGAGACAGGUCUGGACUGCAGGCGGGCCAGGAAAGUACCUGCACUCUUUUUGCACGAAGCCACGCUGUUGUAACACUUGCAAAAAUAAGCAGGGGCGUCCAAGAUAACGUUGCUUGGAUGACAACAUAUGUUGCUCCAAAACCUGUAUGUACCUUUCAGCAUUAAUGGUGCCUUCACAGAUGUGUAAGUUACCCAUGCCUUGGGCACUAAUACACCCCCAUACCAUCACACAUGCUGGCUUUUUACACUUUGCGUCUAUAACAAUCCGGAUGCUUUUUUUCCUCUUUGUUCCGGAGGACACCACGUCCUCUGUUUCCAAAUACAAUUUGAAAUGUGGACUUGUCAGACCACAGAACACCUUUCCACUUUGCAUCAGUCCAUCUUAGAUGAGCUCGGGCCCAGUGAAGCCGGCGGAGUUUGAGAAUAUUGUUGAUAAAUGGGUUUUGCUUUGCAUAGUAGAGUUUUAACUUGCACUUACAGAUGUAGCGACCAACUGUAGUUACUGACAGUGGUUUUAUGAAGUGUUCCUGAGCCCAUGUGGAGAUAUCCUUUACACACUGAUGUCGGUUUUUGGUGCCUGAGGGAUCAAAAGUCAGUAAUUUCAUCGCUUACGUGCAGUGAUUUCUCCAGAUUCUCUGAUCUUUUUGAUGAUUUUACGGACUGUAGAUGGUAAAAUCCCUAAAUUCCUUGCAAUAGCUCGUUGAGAAAUGUUGUUCUAAAACUGUUCGGCAAUUUGCUUACAAAGUGGUGACCCUCACCCCAUCCUUGUUUGUGAGUGACUUAGCAUUUCAUGGAAGCUGCUUUUAUAGCCAAUCAUGGCACCCACCUGUUCCCAAUUAGCCUGCACACCUGUGGGAUGUUCCAUAUAAGUGUUUGAUGAGCAUUCCUCAACUUUAUCAGUAUUUAUUGCCACCUUUCCCAACUUCUUUGUCACGUGUUGCUGGCAUCAAAUUCUAAAGUUAAUGAUUAUUUGCAAAACAAAAAAAAGUUUUAUGAGUUUGAACAUCAAAUAUGUUGUCUUUGUAGCAUCCUUCCAUCCAUCCAUCUUCUUCCGCUUAUCCGAGGUCGGGUCGCGGGGGCAACAGCCUAAGCAGGGAAACCCAGACUUCCCUCUCCCCAGCCACUUCGUCUAGCUCUUCCCGGGGGAUCCCGAGGCGUUCCCAGGCCAGCCGGGAGACAUAGUCUUCCCAACGUGUCCUGGGUCUUCCCCGUGGCCUCCUACCGGUUGGACGUGCCCUAAACACCUCCCUAGGGAGGCGUUCGGGUGGCAUCCUGACCAGAUGCCCGAACCACCUCAUCUGGCUCCUCUCCAUGUGGAGGAGCAGCGGCUUUACUUUGAGUUCCUCCCGGAUGGCAGAGCUUCUCACCCUAUCUCUAAGGGAGAGACCCAAACUCAUUUGGGCCGCUUGUACCCGUGAUCUUAUCCUUUCGGUCAUGACCCAAAGCUCAUGACCAUAGGUGAGGAUGGGAACGUAGAUUGAACAGUAAAUUGAGAGCUUUGCCUUCCGGCUCAGCUCCUUCUUCACCACAACGGAUCGAUACAACGUCCGCAUUACUGAAGACGCCGCACCGAUCCGCCUGUCGAUCUCACGAUCCACUCUUCCCUCACUCGUGAACAAGACUCCUAGGUACUUGAACUCCUCCACUUGGGGCAGGGUCUCCUCCCCAACCCGGAGAUGGCACUCCACCCUUUUCCGGGCGAGAACCAUGGACUCGGACUUGGAGGUGCUGAUUCUCAUUCCGGUCGCUUCGCACUCGGUUGCGAACCGAUCCAGUGAGAGCUGAAAAUCCCGGUCAGAUGAAGCCAUCAGGACCACAUCAUCUGCAAAAAGCAGAGACCUAAUCCUGCGGUCACCAAAACCGGAACCCCUCAACGCCUUGACUGCGCCUAGAAAUUCUGUCCAUAAAAGUUAUGAACAGAAUGGGUGACAAAGGACAGCCUUGGCGGAGUCCAACCCUCACUGGAAACGUGGUCGACUUACUGUCACGCGUUACUGGCAUCCAAUUCUAAAGUUAAUGAUUUUUUGCGAUCAGUUUGAACAUCAAAUAUGUUGUCUUUGUAGCAUAUUCAACUGAAUAUGGCUUGAAAAGGAUUUGCAAAUCAUUGUAUUCUGUUUAUAUUUACAUUUAACACAAUUUCCCAACUCAUAUGGAAUCGGGGUUUGUAUGUAUAUAUAUAUAUAUAUAUAUAUAUGUGUUUUCAUCCCAAUGUGGCCCCCAAAUUGGGGGUUCUGUUGUGGCCCUGUAUUUUGCAGUAGUUUGUUGGGGGAGCAGCACCAGCAAAAAGGACAAACUGAUCCGGAAAGCCGGCCAUACUAUUGUUAAAGUUAAAGUAGCAAUGAUUGUCACACACACACUAUGUGUUGUGAAAUUUGUACUCUACAUUUGACCCAUCACCCUUGAUCACCCCCUGGGAGGUGAGGGGAGCAGUGGGCAGCAGCGGUGCCACGCCCAGGAAUCAUUUUUGGUGAUUUACCCCCCAAUUUCAACCCCUUGAUGCUGAGUGCCUAGCAGGGAGGUAAUGGCUCCCAUUUUUUUAGUCUUUGGUAUGACUGGGCUGGGGUUUGUACUCACAACCUACCCAUCUCAGGGCGGAAACUCUAACCACUAGACCACUGAGUAGGUGGUAGUGUUGGCGUGCAGUUGGAGGCGAUUGUGUCAGUAAGGCAGAGGAGGACACUGGACAAAGUGCUGGACAUCAGGGACACCCAAGUCCAGCAGACCAUUGGGGGGACAAGAGUUCAUACUCCAUCAGGAUUCUUAGUGUUGGAUUGAAGAAGUCCUUCAUGCCACACUCCAUCCAGCUGUAUAAAACACUGGCCAUACAGCAAUAGAUGUGUGGAACUCUUUACCUUGUGGACCAGGAAAGAUUGUCUGGAAUCCUCCUGAUCUAGAUGUUCUCAUUUUUUAAAAUAAUGUAAUCGUUUCCACGUGUUAUUUGCUGAUGUAGUGUUCAAGACUUGUCACAAAUAUGAACAUCCAUAAAGAAACUACGAGCUUUA